AUCGAAUAACAAUUGAAAUUGAAUUCCAAUCCCAAAAAAUAAUACGUGUAUUCGGUAAUACCAAAUAUAGAAAAAUUCGGUACAGUAUUCAGUAUAUCUCAAAUACCACUACCAAACUUCUAGCACUAAGUACUCUACAUCAAGUAAAAUUUAAUAUAUGGUGAUAAAUUCCUUUCAUUUUCAUUAAUUACUGUGCAUUUGUUGGACUUGGACCCACUCUCCCGCCAAUCUGUUGGAUUGGAGUCAAGUGUCAACCCUUUCCGUCACUUUAUUUUCAAAACCUGAUCGGAUGCUUAAUCGGAUGAGUUAGUGGUUAUUGAGUUCAGGAAAAAAUUUCAAAGUACACUAGUUGUUAAAAAAAAAUUCCAAAAUACAUAAGUUAUAAAUUUUUUUUCCAAAACUACACAUGUUUGGCAUUCACUGUUUUUGACAAACGCAGUGAAGAUUAUCACCGUUUUUUCCAAAACUACACAUGUUUUACCAAUAGCGGUGAUUGACUCGCUAUUGGUAAAACAUGUGUAGUUUUGGAAAAAACGGUGAUAAUCUUCACUGCGUUUGUCAAAAACGGUGAAUGCCAAACAUGUGUAGUUUUGGAAAAAAAAUUUAUAACUUAUAUAUUUUGGGAAUUUUUUUUAACUAGUGUACUUUGGGAUUUUUUUCCUAUUACUAUCACUCAUUUUGAGUGAUAGUUUCCUUCACAUCAAGCAAACAAUGCAUGUAUUGUUUGUGCAGAAAAUUCAAAAAAAAAAAAAAAACAAUGCAUUGUGGACAAUACAUGCAUUGUAACUAUCUCAACCAAACAAUCACCAAAAUCAAACGAACCCUUAAUUAAUGUCUCCAAUCCAUGGACAAAAAAUCUUGCUUUAAAGUCAGCAAAUGCAGUUUUUUUUUUCCUAUUACUAUCACUCAUUUUGAGUGAUAGUUUCCUUCACAUCAAGCAAACAAUGCAUGUAUUGUUUGUGCAGAAAAUUCAAAAAAAAAAAAAAAAAACAAUGCAUUGUGGACAAUACAUGCAUUGUAACUAUCUCAACUAAACAAUCACCAAAAUCAAACGAACCCUUAAUUAAUGUCUCCAAUCCAUGGACAAAAAAUCUUGCUUUAAAGUCAGCAAAUGCAUCUUUUUUUUUUUUUUUGGAUAGAGAAUGGUUGAUGUUGAAGAUAACUUUUUAGGCAAAAUACAUCAUAUUACUCAUAUUUCUGUAAAGGUUUUGUGAAAUCAAGCAUUCAUUAUUAUAGGGUACCAGUUGAGUUUUUGGUCAAUGAACUUCAAAUUUCACAUCCUCCCCUUGGCUGAUGCUUUACUUACAAAGCAAUGCUGGAGAUUGGUGAUGUCGCCCGAUUCCUUGGUUGCCCAGGUCAUGAGGAGCCGCUACUAUCCUCGUGGAGAUUUCUGGACUGCUCAGAGGGGAUAUAACCCCAGUUAUGCAUUAGGAGUAUUUGGGGGGCUCGCUCGAUACUUCGUGAGGGUGUCUUCUGGCGAGUUGGUGACGGCAGAACAAUUCGGGUCUGGCAUGAUCAUUGGAUACCGGCUACUAAUUCAGGUCUUGGUGGGAUUCCAUCGGGCCCGUUGGGUUUGGAGGCUCGUGUUGAAGAAUUAAUUGAUAGAGACUUGGGGGAAUGGCGGGCAGCACUGGUGCAUUUUUUUUUCUUUAUCAUGAACAAGCUAGCCUUGGCUGAAACCCCUUCCUCUUCUCUCUACACCCAUUUGUCCUCUCCAUUUCGGCCCACCAAAUCCAUCUCCAAUCCUCGAAAUUAGAGGUGGCAAUUUCAAUCCAAUCCACCAAUCCAAUCCAUCAAUCCAUUAAAAAUAUCCAUCUAAUCCAAUCCAUUUAAAUCCAAUCCAUUUAAUCCAAAUCCAAUUGGAUGGGUGGAUUCAUGGAUUGGAUCCAUGGAUCAUUGGCAAAUUACGGUUUAGUACUUAUAAUUUUUAUUUUUUACAUUUUGGUACCUAAAUUUAAUUUUUUAUACGAAAAAUAUCAUUGGAAAAUUACGUUUUGGUACCUAAAAUUUUUCAUUAUGACAUUUUAGUACCUAAACUUUUUACAUUUUACAUAUUGGUCCUUGGUUGAGGAUGUCAUUUGGAUUCAUGGAUAAUCCACCAAUCCACUUGAUCCAAUCCAUGAAUCCACCAAUCCAUUAGAUCCAAUCCAUUUAAUCCAUGGAUCCACCAAUCCAAUCCAUCAAUCCACCAAUCCAAUCCAUUUGCCACCUCUACUCGAAAUCAAGCACCCAAAACUGCCCUACAACAUCUCCACGUCACCUCCAACAAAGCCCAAUCAUUUUCCCCCUCCAAAAUUGACGCGACGAUACAUAACGCGAUGCUUGAUUAGGUAUUAAUCGAAUAAUGAUACAUAACGGGGUUGUCAUACCUCGGCUACUAGUUAUAGCAACUAGUGGUAAUAUGACGCGAUUAUUAUAACUCAAUUUUUAGUUCACACUUAAGUGAGUAUGUAGGUACAAUUUGUAAUGUGGCUAUCUCACUACAAUCUUCAGAUAAAUUGGAAGCUUAGUCGCGAGUUCGUGGUCCCCUUAAUUAGUAAUUACAACAUAAUGUUCAGUAGCGUAUCUCUUCAGAGUAAGUACUCAGAAAACCCAUUUAAUUACGAAACUCAUAGUAUUGCCUCCUUUCUAAAUAAUAUACCCCAAUAACGUACCUAAAUUAUUGCAUGAGUAUAUGUGUUGCUAGAAGUAUGUUUGGAGCUGGAUUUUGUUUCUUCCAAGUGAAUCUAGGAUUAUAACUGAUCCUCACGCUCGUACUUAGGGACUUAGUCGCUCCGAGACAUACCUCAGUCCAAGCCUACACCUCUUUACUGUGAUAACCAAGCAGCGUUACACAUUGCGGCGAAUCCAGUCUUUCAUGAGCGCACCAAGCAUGUUGAGAUGGACUAUUAUUUCAUUCGUGAACGUGUUGUUUCGGGUGACAUCCUUCCCCUCUAAAUGAGCUCGCAUCUCCAGCUAGCGGAUCAAUUCACCAAAGGGCUAGGCGCGGAUCGUUUCCGUUUUCUACUCUCCAAGCUGAACGUUCGUGACCUCCACCGUUCAGCUUGCGGGGGCGUAUUGGAUAGAGACACUGAGUGGCCUGGGUCCAAGUCACCGCUUGAGGCCCAAUCCAAGUCAGCCUGUCCAGUUGAGGCGUCCUUUACGUGCAUGGCAAGGAGUGCUUAUGGGAGAUUUCCUAGUAUUCCUUCUUCUACAUGUAAAGCCCUAAGUACAGAAAGCUCUAGCCUAUAUUAGUCUUGUAUAGGCCAUGCGGCCACUGUAACACAAUCAUCUAAUUAAUAAGAUCAAAGCUGGAGAGGCUGAACUCUCCCGUGGAUUAAUCUCGGUCUCUCAAUCGAUCGAGAAUACCACGUAAAACUCGUGUCUCUUCUUGAUUCGUUUGCGAUUUAUCAUAUCAGUACCCUAAUAAGCUAAAUUUUCAAGC